AAUUGUAUAACGCUGUUUUGAGUGAAGCACUUGAAAAUGAAGCAAAGAUUCUCUUCUUUGGAUGUCAAAAUCAUUGCGCAUGAGCUCCAGGAACGGCUGGUGACUCUUCGACUCUCCAACGUAUACGACCUUUCGUCCAAGAUUCUCCUGCUCAAGUUUGCGAAACCAGACAACAAAAAGCAGCUUGUCAUCGACACGGGCUUCCGCUGCCACUUGACGAAAUUCGCGCGUACAACUGCUGCGGCCCCUUCCGCUUUUGUUGCACGUCUAAGAAAGUUUCUCAAGACCAGACGGUUGACGUCAGUUAGACAAGUGGGCACCGAUCGAGUCCUCGAAUUCGAGUUCAGUGAUGGCCAAUACAGAUUGUUCUUGGAGUUUUUUGCUAGUGGUAACAUUAUUCUCGCGGAUGCCGACUUGAAGAUCCUUGCCCUCGCAAGAACCGUUUCAGAAGGUGAAGGUCAAGAACCUCAGCGAGUCGGCCUACAAUAUUCCCUGGAGAACAGGCAGAACUUUGGCGGAAUACCUCCUUUGACAAGAGAAAGGGUACAAGAUGCCCUAAGGACUGCCGUGGAAAAAGCAGCUACCGCUACUGCAUCAUUGAAGAAGCAGAAGGGUAAGCCUGGUGGUGAUCUGAGAAAGAGUUUGGCUGUAUCAAUUACAGAAUUGCCUCCAGUGCUUGUGGACCACUGGCUGCACACAAAUAAUUUCGACACCACUAUCAAGCCUGAUGAAAUACUGGCCAAUGAAACGCUGCUGGCUGAUUUGGUUAAGUCACUUCAAGAGGCCAGACAAAGUGUGGAAGAGCUCACCAGCUCAGAAGCAUGCACCGGCUACAUAUUCGCGAAGCGCAGGGAAAGAACAGAGGGAGCAGAGGCUAGUGACGAAUCCAAGACGCAGCGUGACAAUCUUCUAUACGAAGAUUUUCAUCCGUUUGUCCCCUACAAACUCAAAAAGGAUCCCACCAUUGAGGUCCUUGAAUUCACAGGAUACAAUGAGACAGUUGACGAAUUUUUCUCAUCUUUAGAGGGCCAGAGACUGGAGUCCCGACUAAGCGAGCGAGAAGCGGCUGCGAAGCGCAAGUUGGAGGCCGCGCGAAAUGAACAGAGCAAACGAAUCGAAGGGCUUCAAGAGGCCCAGGCCCUCAACUUUCGCAAAGCCGCCGCCAUUGAAGCGAACGCUGAACGAGUUCAAGAAGCUAUGGAUGCUGUCAAUGGAUUACUCAGCCAAGGAAUGGAUUGGGUAGAUGUCGGCAAAUUGGUGGAACGCGAGAAAAAACGGCACAACCCCGUUGCUGAGAUUAUCAAACUCCCUCUAAACCUUGCCGAGAAUCUCAUCACGCUUGAGCUGGCCGAGGAAGAAUUUGAGCCAGAGGAAGACGACCCUUACGAAACGGACGACGACGACAGCGCGCUUGGUGACGACGAAAGUACAUCGGCAGCAAAGGGAAAACGGGCCAAUAAAGCCCUAAGUGUGGAAAUCAACCUUGGACUUAGCCCUUGGAGCAAUGCUCGAGAGUAUUUUGACCAGCGGAAGACGGCGGCCGUAAAGGAAGAAAAGACCCAGCAACAGGCCUCAAGAGCUCUGAAGAAUGCAGAGCAAAAAAUCACCGAGGAUCUCAAAAAAGGGCUGAAGCAGGAAAAGGCACUGCUUCAACCAAUCCGCAAACCAAUGUGGUUUGAGAAAUUCGUUUGGUUUAUCUCAUCCGACGGAUAUCUUGUGAUCGGAGGCAAAGAUGCCCAGCAAAAUGAGAUGAUCUACAAGAAAUAUCUCCGGAAAGGCGAUGUAUACUGCCACGCAGAUCUGCAUGGGGCAUCGAGCGUUAUUAUCAAAAACAAUCCAAAAACCCCUGAUGCGCCCAUUCCCCCAGCGACACUGUCUCAAGCCGGAUCACUCGCCGUGUGUUCGUCGAAUGCUUGGGAUUCGAAAGCGGGCAUGUCUGCAUGGUGGGUAAACGCUGAUCAAGUUUCCAAAUCUGCACCGACAGGCGAAUUUCUACCGGCAGGAAGUUUCAUGAUCCGGGGAAAGAAGAAUUUUCUGCCUCCAGCUCAACUUCUACUCGGUCUAGGUGUUGCAUUUAAGAUCAGCGAGGAGAGCAAAGCUAAGCAUGUGAAGCAUCGUCUACACGAUGCCAACUCUACCGGUGGCGAUGAAGCUUCGGCAGUAGCGACGUCGCAACCAGCAGACAGGACAGGCGAUCUGAACGAACUUGAAGGAGAACAAUCAGCCGAACCAUCUGACAAUGAAUCCGAAGAUGAACAACAAGACGAAGAGUCACGUGACAACCCACUUCAGGCUUUCGGUAAGGAUGAAGACCGCAACGACGAGGUUGAAAAGGCUGAAGAAGGCUUGUCUGAUCUCAAGAUCUCGGAUGACACAGCCGACGAGUCUCAUAGCCAAGAAGUGGCGGAACUAGAUGAAAAUGAAGCAGUGGGAGGAGAAGCAGAAGAGGGCGAAGAUGACGAGUCAGCUAGACCGGAUGACGAGACAGCUGGCAAGCCAGUUGACACAAGGCCGAAGAACAACGGCCCCAGCUCUUCGAAGAAAGGCCCCCCCAAGCGAGGCCAGAAGGGCAAGGCGAAGAAGAUCGCCUCAAAGUAUAAGCAUCAAGAUGAGGAAGAUCGAGCUGCCGCAGAAGCUUUGAUCGGAGCAACAGUUGGACAAAAGAAGGCUGAAGCCGAGGCAAAAGCUAAGGCGGACCGUGAGCUCGAGCUCGCUGCUGCUAAAGAGCGACGUCGUGCGCAGCACCAACGAGAGCAGAAAGAGACUGCCGAACACGAGGAGAUUCGACGUGUUAUGAUGGAGGAAGGCGUUGAUAUUCUUGAUGAGGACGAAGCCAGCCAGAUGACUGUGCUUGACUCCAUUGUUGGUACGCCUCUUCCCGGAGAUGAGAUCCUUGAGAUCAUCCCUGUUUGUGCCCCUUGGAACGCUCUCGGACGCUACAAGUACAAAGCGAAGUUGCAGCCCGGUGCGACCAAGAAGGGCAAAGCAGUUAAAGAGGUUCUCGAUCGUUGGAAGGCAGCUUCUACUAAGAAGGGUGUUGUUGACGAAACCGCUCGUGACACUGAAAGGAUGUGGCCGCGUGAAGUUGAGCUUAUCAAGGCGCUCAAGCCCGAAGAGACAUUCAACGUCGUACCGGUCGGUAAAGUGAGGGUCAUGAUGGCGGGUGGUACUGGUGGAAAUGCUGCUGGAGGCGGAGGUGGUAGCAAGAAGGGUGCAGGAGGAAAAGGGAAGGGCGGAAGAGGAGGCAAAGGAUCAAAGAGAUCAUAAGCAGU